GUUAUGCCAUAGUACAACAUUUAUUUGCCACUAUAAAUAGGAAGGGGUGCUGAAUGGAAUAGGAACAUUUGUAUAUUAUUAAGCGUUAAGAAUAUAUGACAAUUUUCCAAAAUUUAGCGUUCAUUAAUAUUACUGAAAGUGAUCUAUGUAUGUACCAUUGUACGAGGAGCAAUGGCAUGAGUAAAUAAGUAUUUAUGCAAAAUGUAGAGAACCCAUUUAUACAUAUUUAUGUUACCAUUUGUUCGAUUUAAUAAAUGAUAUAUGUAAUUAUAAAUACAGCAAAGCAGCACUGCAGCAUAUUUGUUUAAAAUUCACCCCCACUUGUUACAAUUCCCAUUUUGGUUAAAUUCUUUCAUAAUGCCUAUUUGCGUGGUAACAUAAGGGUUACCCUUAUGAUUUAUUUGUAGAGAAGAUGUAAUAAACAUAUAAUUGGACGACUUUCCAUUUAUGUUUUAACGUCAUUCAUAACUAUUUAUAUCUUACAAAUAGAAUACGCGCAUAACAUGUGUAUGUAUAAUAAACCACCACAAUAUACUUUUUGUUACAUUAUUAUACUUAAUGAAAAUGUCUAACGGUACAGCCCCUCCUACUAUUAAAGAAUUAUUACUAGACGAAGUUAAUUUUUAUAUUUCAUUCAAACCAUUGAAAAGAACAUAUCAUUUGAAUAUUCUGUUUAUCCAAAAAGUAUCUAAACGAAUUUUCCGAAAUAACAAGAAUAAUUAUAAUUUGAGGAAUAAAGGAUUAUACCUAUCAUAUAAUGAUUUUAAUAAAGAAUGUAAAUGGAGUUAUCGUGACUUGUACUGUUCGGAUGCUUUAACUAACUUCGUUGAUGAGUCUAUAAGACCUCUUUAUAAAAAACUUUGGAAUAAUUUAUUUAAAGUGAAGUACUUUUCAGAAGAUUUUAAAUCUUUACCUAAAGAAAAAAAGAAAAUUUGCAUAUAUUUAAAGUACUGGUUUUAUGAUCAGUUGUUGUCUAAAAAUAUUAGUAAUGAUGGCAUUGGUAAGUUUUUUUCUGCUUGGGAAUCGACAUCUCAGGGUUAUAAGCGCGAUCUUAUUGGUUGCGAACUUUAUAAAAUGAGUUUAAAUGAAAUUAAAGAAACGAAACUGUUGUAUGAUUAUUUUUUAUUGUAUGAUGGAUACAAUAAUGAUGAACUUGUAAGUCACAAAAUAUAUGUUAGCCCGUAUUGUCAAUAUCUGAAGGAAGCUGCAGAUGUGUAUAAAAAGAGAAAAAUUGAAUGUGUUAGUGGCAACAAUAUUGAACGCUGUAAAGAAUUUAAGAAUUAUAUUAAAAAUUACAUGAUUAAAAAUGAUAUAACUUUAUUUAAAGGGAAGUGCAAAAAUGAGGAACAACGAGUAGAGCGAAUGGAUGCUACGGAAACUAUGUUUAAUCCUGCUCUAAAAGAAUUAGUAGAAAAGGUACAUUUUAUUAUAACCAUGAAGAAGUGA